UUACGUAAGAAAGACGUUUGACUCAUCUUUUAGCUUUCUUUUUUGUUCCAUGUCCAAUGUUGGAUAUGUUGAUAUUCUCUGAAAUUGAUAUUUUAAAAAAGGCAUCCAUCAAGCGGUUAUGAGUGUCUUCCAUGACGAAAUCGAAAUCGAAGAUUUCGAAUACGACGAAGAAGAAGGCAUUUAUCACUAUCCAUGUCCAUGUGGAGAUCGCUUUCAAAUCUCGACGGAGGAUCUUCUUGCUGGAGAAGAAAUAGCAACUUGCCCUAGCUGUUCGUUAAUUGUUAAGGUUAUUUAUGAAUUGGAUGCAUUUAUUGAAAAACAAUCUGAAGUUCAAUCACUGUCAGACAAUUUGAAGAAACUUGAACUAGCCCAUUGAAGACAAAUUGUUAUUCAAAAAACACUUAUGGCUGGAAGAGGUAGGGGCAGAGGAGGUAGGGGAGGAGCUACUAGAACCUUCAACAGGGAGCAGUUAAGUCAAAUGGGUAUCACAUCUAAUGAGACAUUACCAGGACCAGUUACACAACCUCCACCACUAUAUCCCCUUAUGGAUAGGAAACCUGUGCCUUUAACACAAUCUCCAGAAAUGGAUUACCUGUUGAUACUGAGACAAGAUUUUAUAGAUAGAAUGCAAAUAUCUGGCUCCUACUUAAAAAUGCCUGAAAGCAAAAGUAAUCAAGCUGAACAAACAAUAGACAAGUUGGUAGCUCAAUUACCUAGGGUCAAAGAGAAGUUUGUUUGGAAAUUGUUUCCAUCAGAAUUAAGGCCAAAGGCAAUGGCUAAAAGGGUGAGGAAAAAGGUACAAGAGGAUGUCAAUGUGGAAAAACGUUUGGAGGUAUUAGAAAAAAUAGAAGAAAAAUCUGAUGAUGUAGAAGAAAAACCGAAAAAUGACGACGAAGAUGAUGAAAUGGAGCAAAUUGACGAGAUAGAAGAGGACGAAGAGAUGGACGAGGGAACCGAUUAUGCAAAUAACUAUUUUGAUAAUGGAGAAAACUAUGAGGAUGAAGAUGAUGCCUUGGAAGAUGGUCCCAUUUACUGAAAGUAUUACUGUGAUUUGUACAUAUUCUAUUGCGUUUGUAUGCUGAGAAAAACUUCUUUUUUAGUGUAUACAAAUUUUAUUUUGGUUGUAUGUAUAUAACUUGAUUGGACAUGUAAAACAAUGGUUCCAAAUAUACUGAAUAAAAAAAAUUAAGGCACAAGUGUUUUGCUAUACCUGAACAAAAAAUAAUAUAAAAAC